AUGAAAUCACUGCUGAUCUACCAGUCCCUCUUGCACGUUCAGAAGCUCAUGUUGCAGAAAGAAAUCCCAAUCCAAAAGCAUCGGCAUUCUGAAGGUGCCACUUGCCUUCCGUAACCCGCAAAGAGCUUUUAAUGUCAACCCAGAUAGAGCCGUAUCAUUUGAUGAAUUGAAAUGGAAUUUUAAAUUAAUAGCUCAGCAGUAGACAGCGUCUCGCCUGCCCCGGGGUUUUUUUGUUUUUUUUUGCGUCGCGGCUGCCGUGGGUCGCUGUGGACAGUGGGAUUUGCACAGAAUGUAGGCCAGCGGCAUCAGUCUUACGUCAAAGGCAGACAGAUGCAUUGUGCCCAGAGGUGAUGUGCUUUGGCCCAGAGACUCUGUGUUUACGGGAGAGGUGAAAACAUGAAGACGGUCCUCUCGCUGCACAGGAAAUGGGCGCACACCAUCAAGGCCAUUCGCAUCCUCCAGGGCAUCAACCCAAUCAUGGAGGAGACUGUGUGGGAGCAGUACACUGUGACCCUACAGCGGGACUCCAAGAUGGGCUUUGGCAUUGCUGUGUCUGGAGGGCGGGACAACCCAAACGAAGAAAAUGGAGAAACGUUAAUUGUUGUUUCCGAUGUGCUGCAAGGGGGUCCUGCAGAUGGCUUGCUAUUUGAAAAUGACAGAGUGAUCCAGGUCAACAAUGUGCCCAUGGACGGUGUCCAACACACCUUUGCAGUGCAGACUCUCCGCAAAUGUGGCAAAGUAGCCAAAAUCACGGUAAAGAGAUCAAGAAAAAUUCCCGUCAGCGUGAUCAAACGUGGGCCGUCCCCAGACAACCGUGUCUUCAGCGGCGACUACAAUGACGACUACGACUAUGAUCACGACCGGCGCAGCGUCUACAGCGGCCGCAGCUACCCUGAUCCUGACGCGAGUCUGGAGCGCGACCGCGGCUACAUGGAUGAUCACGAUCGUGACUAUGAGCGCAGUCGCAGGAGGAGUAUGGAGCGCGGCGUGAGCCCUGACAGACAGUACAGACGAGACGGCAGCCGCGGCCGAAUGCUGGACCACGAGCGCAGCCCCGACCGCCGUUGCCAAAGUGACCACAACCUGGAUCGAGACCACAGUCCGGACCGCCGCUACCGAAGCGAUCGCACGCUGGACCGCAACUACAGUCCAGACCGACGCUAUCGCAGCGAACACAACCUGGACAGAGAGCGGAGUCCAGACAGACAUUACCGCAGCGAUCGUACGCUGGACAGAUCACAUAGUCCUGAUACGCGGUACAGGCCAGAACCAGCUCUGGGAUUCAGCAGAGAGAAUUUAGCCAGCGACCACGAGCGCAGGAGGUUGGAUCCGCGCCAGGAUGAAUCCAUGAGGAGGAGUAGCAGUCGAGACCGGCUGGAUCACUCGCCCUCACCACCACCACAACGACACGAACCCUUGGAGAAGCCGCUCAAUGUUACUCUUCUAAAGAACCGCCCCAAUGACGAAUAUGGCCUUCGUCUUGGCAGUCAGCUGUUCAUCAAAGAGAUGACGAGCACAGGCCUGGCAUCCAAAGAAUGCAAACUACAGGAAGGUGACAUCAUUCUGAAAAUUAACGGUACGGUCACAGAGAACCUGUCUCUGAGCGACGCAGGGAAGCUGAUUGAGAAGUCUCGUGGGAAACUGCAGCUGGUGGUGCAGAGGGAUCGCAGUCAGGUGCUCAUCCGAGUCCCACCUAUGGCAGACAGCGACUCAGAAAUGGAUGAUAUCUCAGAGAUCGAGUCGUACCGCUCCUAUUCUCCUCAGGAGGACCGGCGGAGUCAUCACUCUGACCUCUCCUCACACUCCUCUAAUGAGAGACUGCAGGACAAAAACAGAGAUGCGCCUCCUAACAGACUGGCUAAAAUGGGAGCGAUGCCGACUCCGUUCAGAGCAGCGCCGGUGGAGCUCCCGCCUCCGCCUGUAGAGAAGGAAGAGCCUCGCAGCGAGUCUCCAGCUCCUGUGGUAAAUGCUGCUCCAAAAAGUGUUCCAGUGAAAGCCAAGCCUCUGCCAAAUGUUCCCCUGCGGCCCAGUCUGGAGGACCAGGAAAUAUACGGCCCCAACACUAUGAUGGUGCGCUUCCAGAAGGGCGAAAGUGUUGGCCUGCGUCUUGCUGGAGGAAACGAUGUGGGCAUUUUUAUCGCGGGCGUUCAGGAGGACAGUCCUGCCGAGAUAGAGGGACUCCGCACUGGAGACCAGAUUGUGAAGGUGAAUAAUAUGGAUUUUAGAGGAAUGGUCCGGGAAGACGCAAUCCUCUAUUUACUAGAGAUUCCCAAAGGAGAGGAUGUGACCAUCCUGUCUCAAAGCAAACCUGAUGUGUAUAAAGACAUCCUGGCAUCUGGACGAGGUGAUAACUUCUUCAUCAGAACUCAUUUUGAAUAUGAGAAAGAGCUUCCUCAGAGCUUGACCUUCUCCAGAGGAGAGAUAUUUAAAGUGGUGGACACCCUGUAUGACGGAAAGCUGGGUAACUGGCUCGCCAUCCGCAUGGACAAAGACAAUCAGCUCCUGGAGAAAGGCAUCAUACCCAGCAAGAGCCGAGCUGAGCAGAUGGCGAAUGUUCAGAAUGCACAGAAAGGCACUGCCAAUGACAGAGGAGAUUUCUGGAGGCUGAGAGGUCAAAGAGCAGCCAAGAAAAAAGACCUUCGCAAGAGCAGAGAGGAUCUGAGCGCUACACCCAUCACUACACGCUUCCCAGCCUACGAGAGAGUGGUGCUGCGGGAAGCUGGGUUCAGAAGACCUGUCGUAAUAUUCGGCCCUAUUUCAGAUGCGGCCAAUGAAAAACUUGGCAAUGAUCUUCCAGAUGAGUUUAUCAUAGCAAAGACAGAACCGAAAGACGCGGGCUCAGAGAAGUCGUCUGGUGUUGUGAGACUGAAUAUUAUCCGUCAGAUCAUCGAGCAGGAUCGACACGCUCUGCUCGAUGUCACCCCGAAGGCUGUAGACACCCUAAACUACACCCAGUGGUAUCCCAUCGUCAUUUUCCUCAACCCAGACAGUAAGCAGGCAGUGAAGACCAUGAGAAACCGCCUGGCUCCCAGCUCUAGCCGCAGUUCACGCAAGCUUUACGAACAAGCAGUUAAACUGCGGAAAACCUGCUCCCACCUGUUCACUGCUACCAUUGAUCUGAGCUCUUCCCAUGAUGCCUGGUAUGGAAGUCUCAAGGAUGCCAUACGAGAGCAACAAGAUAAAGCUGUCUGGGUCUGUGAAAGCAAGCUUGAUGGGUCUGAGGAGGACUUGGAUCUCCAUGAUGACCGUAUGUCGUACCUGUCGGCCAUGAGCGCGGACUACCUGAGCAUGGACAGCCGUCUGACCAGCGAUUACGAGGAUACAGCGGAUGAGGGCGGCGCGUACACAGAUAACGAGCUUGACGAGUCCACCGACGAGCCGCAGCCGAUGUCAGCCAUCAGCCGCUCGUCUGAGCCUGUUAGUGAGGAGAGACACAUACCUGUUCCUCAUGAGCGUUCUAAGAAACCUGCGAGUAAAGAGGUGCAGCGGGACCCCAGCCCGCCUCCAUCAUUUGUUCCUGAACCCCCUAAGGUCCGGGCAGCUUCACGUCCUGCAGACGCCAGGAGUUUGGACUCUCGUUCCAGCAGCACAGUCAGCAGUGAUGCUCCUGUCGGUAACAAACCUCUUCCACCGCCGGUAGCUCAGAGGCCCAGUUUCACAAUGAAGACGGGCCCAGCUGACGAUACGACCUCUAACCCUGUUGUCGACCCCGCCAACCGCACCUUCCGGGGAAAGGUGAAGGCCUUUGAGCAAAUGGACCACCUGGCCCGGGCCAAAAGGAUGCUUGAGCUGCAGGAGGCCGAACAAGCACGGCUGGAAAUAUCUCAGAAACAUCCAGAUAUUUAUGCAGUUCCCCACAAGCUAAAACCAAACCAAAACAGGCCUCAACCAAUUGGCUCCAGCUCAAACUCUGAGUCCCAGAGCUCCUCCAAACCGCCGUAUUCAGAGAGCCGCUCUCACAACCGCGCCGAUGAUGAUGAUGAUGAAGAGGAGUAUCGACGCCAGCUGGCAGACCAAACCCGCAGAGGCUACUACAGUGCCCAGAAAUACAACAACACUGAACUCUAACACCCAAUCUCCCAAAAACCGUCAGAGCAGAAGAAGCCGAGUCUCUUCACUGCGUCCGUCUGUGUUGGGAUGUUUCCUGUGCAUGUCGUUAUAAAGCAAAUGAAUGUGCUUCUAGUUGUUGUGUGAGUAAGAGGGACUGACAUGAACCACAGAUAAAGCACGAGAUAGUGUUUGCCACAAACACACAUGCAGUAUAUACAUACCAUUUAUAAAACAGCAUCUUUUUAUACCUGCAAUGUUUUUAUAUGAAAUUUCAGUGUAUAUUUCAU